CACUCUCAGCUGCACCAGCGUCUCGGCACGGCACUCUGAUCGCUCCAGCACAGCGCUCCCAUUUCAUCAUGAGCUUCAAUACGAAGAAGAUCAGCACUUUCAGUAGCAGCAGCAGCAUCGGCGGCGGCGGCAUCGGCGGCGGCAGCAUACGCAUCGGCGGCGGCAGCAGCGGCAGCGGCAGCUUCAUGCGCAGCAGCAGCGGCGGCGGGUUCAGCGGCGGGAUGCAACAAAGGAGAGCUCUAAGCCAAUACUCACUGGGGUCUGUCAGGCAAAUGUCCCAAGCGCAUCGUGGAGUGGGACAACAGACCUGCAUUGAUCUCAACGCAUCCAUACCAGCAAACGACACCACCCAGCAAGUAGUCCGGGUGAACGAGACGAGACAGAUCACUUCACUCAACAACCAGUUUGCCGAUUUCAUAGGCACAGUUCGCGCACUCGAAGAGAGAAAUACUCAACUGACAGUCCAACUGAACCUCAUGCAGCAGCAGGGAACUUUCUCGUCCAGCAUCGAUAGCAUGUUCCAAGCCUACAUUGAAAACCUCAAGAAGCAACUGGAAGCCCUUGGGCAGGAGAAGCUGAAGUUCGAGAUGGAACUUGUGCAAAUGCAAGGUUUAGUUGAGGACUUUAAGACCAAAUACGAAGAUGAGAUUAACAAGCGGACAGAAGUGGAAAACGAGUUUGUCAUGGUUAAGAAGGAUGUCGAUGAAUCCUAUAUGAACAAGGUGGAACUGGAAGCGAAACUAGAAAGCUUGACGGAUGAAAUGGAAUUCCUCAAGGCAAUAUUUCAAGCGGAAAUCGAUGAGCUGCAAACACAGGUUCAGAACACUUGUGUCAACGUGCAGAUCGGCGCCCGUAAAGGAAUGGAUAUGCAGGGUAUGAUUGAUGAUAUCCAGAACCAAUACAAACGGAUUGCAGAAAGUAACCGCGCGGAAUGUGAGGCGUGGAAAACGGCGAAGAUUCAGGAGAUGAGCACAUCUGGAGGAACUGGAGAUGAAAUGCGAUCAAUCAAAUUAGAGUGUAAUGAUCUGAUGAGUAAUAUCCGUAGACUAACUAUGGAUAUUGAAAAUCUUAAAAAACAGCGUGCAGCACUCGAGGCCGCGUGCACAGAAGCAGAGGAACGUGGCGAACUCUCUCUCAAAGACAGUAAAUUGAGGAUUCAGCAACUGCAGGAAGCCAUCCAGAAAGCAAAGAACGAGCUAACCAUACGAGCCCGUGAAAUGGAGGAGCUGCUGAGUGUCAAGUUGGCCCUGGACAUUGAAAUUGCCACCUACAGGAAGCUACUGGAGGGAGAGGAACAGAGGUUGACCGAAGGGAUACAAACUAUCAGCAUCCAACAAAGCACGCAGAGUGGUGCUGGUGGUGGUGGUGGAUUUGGUCAAUCUUAUGGGAGUGGUUUUGGAGGAAUGGAAACCUCUUCCUACAGCAGUUCUUCGGUAAAAUCGCCGCUAGUGGUGAAAAUGAUUGAGGAAUCAGACGGUGUGACGAUUUCAACAUCUUUCAAUAAAGUGGCAUAAAAUCAAAAAUAAUUCAUUGAAUUAUAAAUCUUCAGUAAUAUCUCUUGUUCAUUUGCAAUCUUUAUAUGAAAGUAGAAUUCUGUUAAUUCUAGCUUUGCAUCGUUGGAAUUUUAAAA